ACUCAGAGGUGGUUGCAUCAAGAGGUAGCCAUGGUCAUUUGACGCGCUGAAAACAAGAUUUCCAAGGCUGCCCAGCGCAGUGGACGCGACACUACUCGAAGUCAAAAUGUUCAGAACUCAGGAGCUCGAUAUCAUUCUCUGUUCCCAUACAGUGGAGUACUUGACGAGAUGCACAGCACCAUGCGGAAACUCACAAAGGCAUGUCGACGACCGCUCCGGCCCAGCUUGGGACGCGCACGAUCACCAGGACCGCGGGGGAUCGUGUCUCCGCGCACAGCAACUUACUACUUGAGCACCUCGAAACUCCAAUUCCAAUCCAAGGACCCGCGACAACGCUACACUGCCGGAUUGCGUCCUGUGAUAGACUCUACAUCAUACGGCUGUGGAUUGCUUCCGGACCUCGCCAACGGACUUACCUAUAUGCACAAGUGGGGUUUUGUAAUCUAUCGAGGGACAUAUGGUGACGAGGAGCAGUGGGAAACAGCGAUACGCUGGCUGUACAAGCGCACGCUCAAUACACUUCAAUCAAUUUCGAGAUCUCAGGAUGAACUCGACCAAGUUUGGAAGCAGCUCGAUCUCACUGUGAUAGAAGACCGUAAUCUCCUGGAAAGCGCCCCACUACAUACUGUCAGGGAACUUCAUCGCAAAUGGGUGCUGGAAUCCCCCGAGCCAGUGCGCGGCGGUCCUCUGCCAGAACACUGGAUGCAGAAAGUCGAGGCCGGAGGUGGCGAUUCUCUGACACGUUCCGAUCGAUAUACAAGUGGUCCACCCGGCUUUCCAAGGUAUGGGUACUUCGUAUACAUUGACGAUGAUGCACUUGAGUCGAUCAUCGCAUUUCGAGGCCAGAAAAAUGCCGAAAAGGAAGCCUACGUUCGAGUGGUCCAGACGUACUAUCUGGAUGAGCCACGCCCACUCCACUACGAAGGGCCUGACGCGGAAGAGGAGAUGGCUGUUCUUGAGAGUGCUGAGGAGCCCGUAGAGGGGAUCAGGCGAUAUGAAGUUGGUUGGAUGAAGUAUCGCGCCCUGUACCUAAUGGAUCUCUACACAAGGUUGCACGACACGUGCAGCUGGGACAUUGAGUACAAGCGACCACCAGAGUUGGCCCCGUACAAUUGCUAGUGAAAUCUCACGUCUAAGCUGAACAGCUCAUCAUUACAAGAGCAAAAGCUUGGCUGUAUUCAUACUAGCGCAUCGCUUGACAUCCACUGUUCGAGUAGAAGACUUUGAAAGGUGGCAAAUUUCCGUUAUAAUUAAAUCGUACGAGGUCCGAAUAUCACGUCGCUUGCCGAGCGAUGUUCUUUGCACUACCUACUGGUCGAGCGUCAGGUACACAGGCCUUUGACGAAUUAUGUCUGCAUCGAAGAAGUUUCCACAGAAGAGACAGUAGCAGAUCGUGACGCUGGUGCAGUCGGCUCGAGAAAGUAGUUACUUCCACGAUAAGAACACCUCUGAACACGGCAGUUACGUCUCUGAA